AUGGUGAUGCUGGGCAGCUCCCAGUGGUCCAACUACAUCCGAGCCACGGUGCGUAAGGAGAAAGGUCUUCCCAUCCUGGUGGAGCUGCUGCGCUCUGACUCUGAUAAGGUGGUGCGGGCGGUGUCCAUCGCGCUGAGAAACCUCUCCAUCGACCGCCGCAACAAGGACCUGAUCGGAAGUUAUGCCAUGCGGGACCUGGUGAGCAACCUGCCGUCGGGCCAGCAGCGGCCGGCUAAGAACCUGGAGGAGGACACGGUGGUGGCCAUCCUGAACACCAUCCACGAGAUCGUGACCGACUCCUCGGAGAACGCCCGCUCCCUCGCUCAGGCGCAGGCCAUCGAGAAGCUGGUGGCCAUCAACCGGACCAGCCAAUCGGCUCGCGAAACCAAGGCUGCUUCCCACGUUCUGCAGACGGUCUGGAGCUAUAAGGAACUGAGGAACGCUUUGACCAAGGACGGAUGGAACAAAAGCCACUUCCAGCCCACAGCGACAGUCACCCCUAAAGCAACCAAGAACGGCAAGCCAGGCUACGACGACACCCCCUCCCCCUGAUGGAGAAGAACCAAGAUGGUUACUCCACCAUCGACCAGAGGGACAAGGACCUCAAAUACAAGACGGUGGACGGCUCAGUGGAGCAGACAGAACGGGAGCCAUUAAAGAAUGACACAAAUAGGAAACACUAUAUCAGGAGUAACAGGCCUGCGGUCAGUCUGGUGGACGCUUGUGAUGUAAAGCCCCAGCCUGUUGACUCCUGGGUCUAAAUGCAUGCAUGGCUUAAAGUAAGGACGGUGCGACACCCAGCUAGAGGAGAUCUCUCUCAUCACCACUGCCAUUUCACAUGGAGCUCAUCUUUGGAGUUGGACUUUGUACAGUAAAAGAGGAUUUAAAAAAAGGAAUACAUAAAUAAUGACCACAGCAGCAACCACCCAGCAGGAGCAGCCAGCAUUCUCAUGCUUUACAGAAAAAAGGAAACAACAAAAAAAAGUGACUCCUGCUAUUUCUUUCUCAUAUCUACAUUCCCACAUGUUACAGUGUUGACUCGUGUUGAGCUCUACCGAGGAUAAGAAACGGACAGAGGCCGGUGCUGGUGGAGGAACGAAGGGUCGAUGGAAAGGAAAAAGAAAGUGUUGAAGGAAGGGAGAAGAAACGCCAAAUGAUAAUUUUUUUGGGAAGAAAAAUAAGUUCAAUUUUAUGGGUUUUUGGGACUUUCGGUGUGAUGUCAAGCUUUGGCUUUUGGGUGUGAGGAGGAGUGGACGAGUGUGUUUGAAGGUCACAGGAUGUUGGUUUUAAGAUUGUUGGGAGAAAGUAAAAGGAGAGCCUGAGAAGAGACGUAGCGUAGCGGAUGAACAUAGACUUACAAUCCAUGGGCCGUUUCUCAAUCGCGAGGAUGCUUGCUUGGUAGCACAUGUCUUCCGAGUCACUUGCUUCAGAAGGCAA